GGUGUUUCAGCAGCGGUGGUCUGGUCGUCGAUUGACCUGAAGCGUGAAGAGGAGGGAGGCGUCCGUGAAGUUUGCGCAUGGUUUGUUUGAUGCGCAGGGAAAUUUAAUUAGGAUGGACAAUUUGGUCAAAACAGGUGUACUUAGGUCUUACCCUAAUCUGUAGUCCUAAUUUUGGAAAAUUAGUAUGAUUAAAUCCUAUUUGUUGAAAUCUCCCAAAAAAAUCACAUUUUUCUUUCUAAGGAAAAAAAUUCACAUUUUUGUUGGACCCACCAUUUUGACCCCACCCCGGAAGGCCGUCUGAGCCGCUGCUGCCGACCGGUUCUGGCGUUGACGUUCCGUCCAUUUGCUUUCACUUCGCAUUUUCUUUUAUAUUUUUUCCUCUAUUCUUCAUUCAUCACCCGUCAGAUCUGGCUCACCAGCAUAUUCCCUGUACUGAAUUUCUUACCCGCUCUUCACCCAUCCGGGUGUGUUUUUCUCCUUUACCUGGAUUGCUGGAUAUUUGAGGGAUCAAAUGGCCGCUCCGCCCGCUAGAGCUCGAGCAGAUUAUGAUUAUCUCAUCAAGCUUCUCUUGAUCGGCGAUAGUGGUGUGGGUAAGAGUUGCCUUCUCUUACGUUUCUCAGAUGGUUCCUUCACCACCAGUUUUAUUACCACUAUUGGCAUUGAUUUCAAGAUACGGACCAUAGAGCUUGAUGCAAAACGGAUCAAACUUCAAAUCUGGGAUACUGCUGGUCAGGAGCGGUUCCGAACAAUUACCACUGCUUACUAUCGUGGAGCAAUGGGUAUUUUGUUGGUCUAUGACGUGACUGAUGAGUCAUCCUUUAACAACAUCCGGAACUGGAUUCGAAACAUUGAACAACAUGCUUCAGACAAUGUCAAUAAAAUACUCGUUGGAAACAAGGCUGAUAUGGAUGAAAGCAAAAGGGCUGUUCCUACUUCCAAGGGUCAAGCAUUAGCUGAUGAAUAUGGAAUAAAAUUCUUUGAGACAAGUGCCAAGACGAAUAUGAAUGUUGAGGAAGUCUUCUUUUCGAUAGCUAGGGAUAUCAAGCAAAGGCUAGCCGAGUCCGACUCAAAAGCUGAGCCUCAGACUCUCAAGAUUAAUCAAGCAGACCAGGCAGAGGGAGCAGCUGCUGCAGCUCAAAAAUCAGCUUGCUGUGGUUAGUAAGCUGCUUGCUGAUAGGAUGAUAGUUGUUGAUACAACCUCAAGGUGGCUGUUUUUUCGUGCAAGGGAGGGACUAAUCUUGUUUGACAAUUUUUAUUCGCAUAUUUUUCUGUUAAACAUCAAAUUGCUUUCUAUAUCAACUAUCUGCAUUAUGUUGCAGCUGUUAAUUUUUCAUAAAGUAUGUUUUGUUAGUAUAUAAAGCUAUAUCACUCAUCUUUAUGGAUCUUUAUUUGUUUCAAUAUUUCAUAAAUCUCAAUGAAGUCAAGCGGGGCUCACCACAUCACAAUCUUACAGUAGUUGUUGUAAAUGGUUUGCUACUUCAUUUGUACAAGAAUAUUGAAACAUUAUGAAAAACACCUGUGACACCAUUUCAUUGCGUACAA